AUGGACGCUGAUGCAUACGGUCCCAGUAUCCCAACAAUGAUGGGCAUCCAAGAACAGCCGCGAACGACCCCAGAACGCAAAUUGAUGCCUCUCGUCCGUCAUAACAUUAAACUCAUGUCAAUCGGGUUUAUGGUGCCAGAAGAACAGGCGAUGAUCUGGCGCGGACCGAUGUUACAUAGUGCCAUCCGCCAAUUUCUCAGCGAUGUAGACUGGGGUGAACUCGAUUAUCUCAUCAUCGACCUUCCACCGGGGACAGGUGAUGUCGCCCUCUCUCUAACGCAAGCGAUUCCCCUCACCGGUGCGCUCAUUGUCACGACCCCACAAGAUGUCGCUCUCGCAGAUGUCCGACGCGGCGUUGCCAUGUUUGAACGGCUCGGUGUCCCGAUCCUCGGCAUUAUUGAGAACAUGAGCUAUUUCCUCUGUCCACACUGCAAUGAAAAAACAGAGAUCUUUAGCGCUGAUGGCGGUAAAAAUACCAGCGAACGGUUCGGUGUUGCGUUCUUAGGGCAGAUUCCGCUUGAUGCUGAAGUCUGUACUGCGGGUGACAUCGGCGUGCCGAUUGUCGCUGGACAUCCGGAGUCCCCGCAAUCUGAAGCAUUCGGUGCAGUCGCGGCAGAAUUGACAACGAUCCUGGAGGAAAGUGGCGAAGAAGAUGAAUUGACUAUCCUCUAA